AGAGCCCCUGAUUAAAUAAUUCAAUUUUUCAAUGAUUGUAUUCCUCUAUAUACAAACUGUUGAAGUUGACUAUCGAAAUGAAGAUUACUCUUCUUCUCAUUUGUUGUUUUAUUUGCGUGGGAACUCAACCUUUUGAGGACUAUGACUACAGUGAAAAUUCAGAUAAAAAAUCUGAGAAAGAAUACGUUCGAGACUUUCUGGACGAAAUGAAUGUUGAAGAAAUUGUACCGGAUCUUGUGAGUUUCAAAGCCAAAUAUGAGAGGGCUUUUGAACCAGACGAUGAAAUGGAUUUGGAGAAAUAUUCUUCACAACCCUCGUUUUGUGAUGUAUUUAAUUUAUGUGAUAGGGAUUUGAAUGGAUUCACAGUUACAUGUGCAGAAUUUGGAAAUGUUUACAAGCGUGAUCCAAUUUUGUUCUCUACUAUCUGGAAAAAGGUAGCUGUAAAGUUGUGCGGCAAGUGUCAGAAAUAUUGCAAGGAACGAAGAAAACUUGCUAUAUCAAGAAAUGAAAAACAGCACAAAUAUUUUGCCGGCGACGUGUGAUCAAUCUUCGUUUGGAAUUGGGGAUUCAUUUAUGGGGAAGAUACAAUAAAAAUAAUUUACAAUAUCAAAACAUUACCCAAGUUUUAUUCAUUUUAAUAAAUAACUAGCAAUGCGUGAAAAAAUGAACAUUUUAGUCUUUCAUCAACAAAAGAUUAUGACUAUUUUUCCAUUAAAUAUUUUCCUUUUCGAAUUUUUAAUGAUUCCACCAAUAGGCACGAAAAGAUCUUGAGGUUUUACAAAUAAUUUAUGACCAUAAAAUGAAAAGAGAAAAAGCAAGUAAAAUGAAAUAUUUAAUUUCAAUUUGUUUACUUUUUAUUUUUACUGUCCUGUGUGAAAUGUAAUUUGCACUUUCUCAAUUUGUGAAAAGCUUCUCAUUUGCUACACUAUUUUAUUUAAACAAGAAUA